AUGCAGCAAAAUAUCGACAGCGGGUGCGAUGUGUCAAUUACAGAUGAGCGCAGUAUGUCAGCGCUGCACUGGGCAGCCUUAAACGGGCAUACGCAAAUUGUGGCCCUCUUAUUGCAAAAUCAACCCAAUCUUACCUCCAGCCAAGAUUCGUAUGGAAGGACGCCAAUGCACUGCGCAGCGGAGAACGGCCACAUUGAGGUCGUUCAGCUGUUGAUCGACAAUACUGACUCCCAACUGGACUUUGGCGACAAAUUCCAAAGAACGGCGCUACAUUGGGCUGCUGAGAAUGGUCACAAAGAAGUCGUCGAUAUUUUGCUCGAAAAAGGGGCCAAGGCAACCUCGAUUGACAAAUUCAAGCAAACAGCAUUGUCUAGAGCAGCGUGGAGGGGACGGGACGACAUAAUGAAGCUAUUGCUCGAGAAAGAGACCGGAGUUGAUAACAUAGAUCAGAAAGGACGCACUGCCCUGCAUCUAGCAGCCGAGACCGGUCAUGUCGCAGGAAUUGAGAUGUUGGUCAGACAUGGAGCCAGGAUCAACUUUCCAAAUUCGGAAGGACGCGCGGCUCUACACCUGGCAGCUCAAAUGGGGCAUAAGGAAGCAGUAGAAUUGUUGAUUGGAGAAAACGCAAACAUCAAUGCAAAGGAUUUAUACGGCGACGAAGCUUGGGCUGUGGCAUUUGACAAGGAGCAGGAAGAAACGGCAAAAUUGCUUUGUUUGGCUUUUGUGGAGAGCCUGAAAAGGCAAGGCUCUACGCUUGAAUUGACAAUUGAAAAUAUUACGGAUGGGUGGCCGACUAUCUGGAACCAACGAUCGCUUUUCACGUCAGAAUACAAAAUUGGGCUCGAAACAGGGUUGGAAAUAUGCAUAGAUAAAGCAUACGGUCGCACUGGCUCAUACUUUCACGAGGAUGAAACACAGCUCUCGGACGCAGCAAAAUCUGGCUCGUUGGAGAGGGUAAACCUUAUCCUGAACCAGGGAGCCGACGUCAAUGCUAAGUCAAAACAUGGUCACCCAACAGCAAUCCAGGCCGCAGCGAAAGCCGGCCAUAUUGAGGUGGUAAAACUUCUGCUUGAAAAGGGGGCUGAUGUCAAUGCUAAACCCGGAGAUUUUGGAGUCACAGUACUCCAGGCCGCAGCAGACGAAGGUCAUCUUGAGGUUGCAAUGCUCUUAUUAGAUUGUGGUGCUAACGUCAAUGCCGAGCCCAUACGCGAUGGAGGGAAAACAGCUCUUCAGUUCGCUGCGGCAGCUGGACAUUUUGAGAUGGUAGAGCUUCUUCUUUGUUACAAUGCCGAUAUCAAUGCCGAGCCAGCUCAUCAUGGAGGAAGAACAGCAAUCCAGGCUGCAGCUGGGAGUGGCCACCUCGGACUGGUAGAGGUUCUCCUAGCCAGAGGAGCCGAUAUCAAUGCUCAACCUAGCGAAUAUGGAAGAACGGCUCUCCAGGCGGCGGCAGAAGGCGGUCAUUUACAAGUAGUACGAUUUCUCUUAGACCACAAUGCUGAUACCAAUGCCGAAGCGGCAUCUUAUGGAGGAAGGACAGCAAUCCAGGCUGCAGCCGAAAGCGGCCAUAUCGACGUUGCAAACCUUCUUCUAGACAGGGGAGCUGAUGUUAAUGAUAGACCUAGCAAAGAUGGGAAAACGACUCUCCAGUUUGCAGCAGGGGCGGGACAUCUUGAGAUGGUAAGGUUGCUUUUGGACCGGAGAGCAGAUGUUCAAUCUUCAUGCGAAGGAGCCAUCCAAGCAGCCGAGGAAAGCGGCCAUCAGGAUGUGAUAGUACUUCUUUUAGAAAGAGUUGCAACCGGCGACGCUUUUUGA